UAUUCGUCCGGAGUCAGCGCGCUACUUGUGUAUUUGUGUACCGCACGUUGUGAUUGAUACAGGCUGCGGAUUGCAUCAGCUCUACGAUAUGGAUAUAGCGGAACUUCAUAGUGAAGUUUUAGUCAAUGAAAUUAAAGCCUUAUGGGUGUUUGCAUACGGAUCGCUGUGUUGGAGACCUGGAUUUGAAUUUCAUAAGGCUGUCACUGGAUUUGUUAAGGGAUACCAGCGAAGGUUUUGGCAGGGAAAUACAACGCAUCGGGGUACAGAAGAUCGGCCUGGGCGUGUUGCUACACUAGUAGAGGACAAUCGGGGAAUUGUUCAAGGAGUGGCGUUUGCGAUAAGUGGAGAGGCAGCUAUUCCAUAUCUCUCUAGAAGAGAAUGUCAGCUCGGUGGCUACGAAUCCAAUUUCACCACUUUCUAUCCUGUAAAUGGUAAACCUUUCAAAGUAUUAACAUACGUUGCAUCGCCUAAAAACGCUCUUUGGGUGGGCGAAGAAGACGAAAGAAGGACAGCAGAACAAAUAAUAGAUAGCAGAGGAGCAAGCGGACACAACGUUGAAUAUUUAAUUAGACUAGCGAAUUUUAUGAGAGAACAUUUCACCGAACAUCAUGAUCAGCACUUGUUCAAACUAGAAAAAGAAGUACUGGCGUUGAUUGCGAAGAGAAAUAUGUGCCUUACAAGCCUUAUGGGUAACGGGGAAGGAUGUGUAACUUUCGUCAAACGUCCAUCCACAGCUGCUAGAUCGGAUAUUCAAGAAGAAGAAGAACGACCGGGUACUUCUCAAUAUACAACGAGAAUUCAAGGAAAGAAAUUGCGCUGCGUAAAUCCUUGAUUAUUUUCUGUGAUAAAUAGGUUUAUGAAGACUAGUUUUCUUAUUGCUGUCUGAUUUUUCAUGUCGUGGACUCGACCAAAAAUAUUGCGAUAUGAAGCAUGGUCAGUGUUAUUUCAGUGAUAAUGACACAUGAAGGAAUGAAAGUAGCUUCAGAUCGUCAAAUUUUGCAUGCAAACCUAACGAAAUGUUGAAUUGUUAAAUUUAAUUUUUGUGUAGAACAGCACUUUAUUUUGAAACUCUUAUAUACGUUUACCGCAACACGUUUCGCACCUCAGGUUACACUAUAAUCAAACAGUGCUUCGUGAUGUUUCUGAUUGUAAUAAGAAAUUUUGGGAAGAGUUUGCUUUCAGAGUUUCUUUUUGUUCAUCUCUAUACAAAAAUGUGUGUAACUUCCAAAGGAAGGACGAUAAUAAAUUAAUUACAGAAUGAACUCCAUUUGAAAGUUUCCUUUUUUGUGAAACAGUGGAUAAAUAGAAAACCAAAAAGCCUUUUUAACAAAAGAUAAAAUACCAUUUGAAAUUAAUAAGGGAGUAUAUUACGAUUUGAAAAAUAUAGUGAACCCUCCGCUUAGUAAAUAACCAAAACACCAUUCAAAACAGCAUUGAGAAAAAAAAAAUAGCAAACAUUGUAAGAACGCUAAUUUGUGAAGAAAACAAAUCAUCGUGAGCUGAAAUAAAAGUCAAUUGAUAAUAGUGAAACGUCAGUUCUAUACAAUUAGUAUUUGAUCUUUCAGUAAUAGGUAAUUAUUACUAAAGUAAAAUUUCCUUUUUGUAGGUGAUACAUCAGGGAAAUUAGCACUUUAAGUAUUUACAAAUUGAUCUUUGAGAAAAAACUGAGUGUUUCAACCUACAAUGUUUUUUAUUCACAAUGUUUUCAAUCAUAACGGUUAGUUAUUGUGAUUUUCAGCUACUUUCAGUCCUAUUUCUGCCAACUUUGAUAACUAUUUGACACUGACAUUGUAAUUGUGAUUGUAAAUCUUCAUGACUUUCAAGUUGCUGAUUUUUUCUAUUUGAGAGGAAGAGAAUGUAUAGCUCUUUAGGGUAAUUUAUUUAUUUGUACACUGGAUCCAAUUUAGUUUAAUGUAUGGCCUGAACUGUGAUUAUAAAUGCAUUACUGUAAGAUACUAAAAUAAUUAUUCUUGUACACUGUG